AUGGGCGACAAGUUCUAUGCUGUGGCUGUCGGCAAGGAGACUGGGGAUUUUGACACUUGGCUAGAGGUGCAGGCUUUGGUUACCGGCUUCAAAGGCAAUAAACACAAGUCAUUUGCCACGUACGAAGACACUUGGGUUCAUGUACCGCAACAGUUCCGAGUCCAUAACCCCGGUUGCAUUGUCAACCCACAAUGCGCAUAUUGA